AUGUCACCCAAAAGCCACGUAACUGAUACUUUCCUACCACUUCAUACUUUUCAUUUAGCCCAAGUCAUCUGCUCACAUCCAUACAACGAUCGUCGACCUGGAAGUGUUGGAAAGCCAGUAGGAGACACCAAGCUCCGGAUAAAUAAAAAUGGUGGAGUCGAAAUCAAGGGUUCAUCGCUCUUCGCGGGUUAUUGGAAAAACCCGACGAAGACUGCACAGGAAUUCACCGAUGAUAAGUACUUUAUAACUGGUGAUCUCGGUGCUGUCGACGACGAUGGUUUUCUUCACAUACUUGGUCGCGGUAAAGACCUUAUCAUCACUGGCGGUUAUAACGUCUAUGCAAAGGAAAUCGAGGAUUGUAUCGAUAGAUUCCCGGAUGUCGGCGAAUCGGCGAUUAUUGGCGUACCUCAUAAGGAUCUCGGUGAAGUAGUUGUUGCUGUUGUCAAAGUCAAUAGCACAAAGGCAUUCAAUGAAGAGGAAAAAGAACGAGAGAUCAUUACUGCAUUGAAGGAUGCGUUUGUCAAGUACAAGGUGCCGAGACGAGUCGUCUUUGUUCCAUCGCUGCCAAGGAAUUCUAUGGCAAAAGUACAGAAAAAGGAGCUUCGUGAACGAUACAAGCAUAUUUGUGAUGAGCAUUAG